AUGAAUGUGAGCAGAGACAAGGUCGGUGACAUCUCCAUCCCGGCAGCGGCGGCGGCGGCGGUGACAGCCCCCGCGGCCGGCAUCGGCGGCUGCCACGGGGAAGGCAUGGACAGCCGCGGGGAGCAGCCGCUCUACUGCCCCGCCAGCCGGGACAGGCAAGGGGACAGCCAGAGCAACACCCCCGGGCAAGAGGGGGCAGUGGCCGCGCUGCCCGUGGUGCACAGAACCACCUCCUUCUCCGUGCUCGACAUCCUGGACCCUAACAAGUUCAACAGCAAGCGGCGGCAGUGCGCGGGCUUGUACAAAUCGGCGGGGACCGAGUUCACGCUGGGGGCGGAGGAUAAGCCCGAGGACUCAGCGACGGAGCUGGCCGAGCAAAAGGCUCUCGCGGAAGAUUUCGACGCGUGCAAGAAGCCCGCAGAGCUGAUCAAGGACGGGGAGCUCUACAAGGCCGAGGAGUGCGAGCUGGACUACAGCAGCCGGCCGAGCCGCAGCCCCGACAGCGAGCUGCAGGACGACGAGGAGCUGUGCAGCGAGGAGAGCGGCAGCAGCAGCGGCAGCAGCAGCGGCGGCUCCGGCCCCGCGGCGCCCGCGGAGCCCGAGCCGGGCCCGCUCCGAGCCGAGCCGCCCGAGGCCGGGGCCCCCGGCCCGCAGGCCAAGCCCAAGAGGAAGCGGACGGGCUCGGACUCCAAGUCGGGCAAGCCCCGGCGGGCGCGGACAGCCUUCACCUACGAGCAGCUGGUGGCGCUGGAAAACAAGUUCAAGUCCACGCGGUACCUGUCGGUCUGCGAGCGCCUCAACCUGGCGCUGUCGCUCAGCCUGACCGAGACGCAGGUGAAGAUCUGGUUCCAGAACCGGCGCACCAAGUGGAAGAAGCAGAACCCGGGCGCCGACACCAGCGCGCCCACGGGCGGCGGCGGCGGCGGCGGGGCCGGGGCCGGGCUGGGCGGCGGGGCGCUGCCGGGGGGGCUCAGCCCGCUCAGCCACUCGCCGCCCAUGGGCACCCCGCUCUCCAUGCACGGCCCCGGCAGCUACGCCGGGCACCCGGCCGGAGGGCUGGUCUGCGCCGCCCAGCUGCCCUUCCUGCCCAGCCCCGCCGUCCUGUCGCCCUUCGUCCUGGGCUCGCAGACUUACGGCGCUCCGGCUUUCUACACCCCGCACCUAUAA